GCCUGCCUUGUAGUCCACAUCACACAGGGGCUUCAGCAAGCUGGUCAGCAGCUUGAGGUAGGAGGCAACGAGGUUCUGGUCCUGGCUGGGCGACACCUCCGGCAGACUGCUCCUGUGGUACUCGAGCAGCGGCUCCAGUAGCCAUUUCGACACCGACAAGAUCUGACUCUUCUCGCUUUCGGUCAACGUCUCGGGGCAGUGAGCCUGCAGACAGCGACAACAGACAAAGAGAGUUUCGGCUUGUCUUUGUCUCCUGCUGUGCUGUAUACCUUCAUCCAGCUAUCGAUGAGGUGCUUGUAGCCCAUUUCAUGAGGCUCGAAGUAUACCUGCGGACAUCCAUGUGUUCAGAGCCCGCAGCUAUGUGUUCAGAUGGAAUUCUUGUGCUUACCAUUCCGCACCGGCUGACGGUCGCCGGUGACCCCAGGGCGAGAUCCAUUGGCUCGAAGAUCAUGUUCAUGUUGGGAGCCAUCGCGAUGAUCUCACCUGUAUGACCACAAGCGCAGAGAAAGGACGGGCGUGUCUCGCGUGCAUCUGCUGCUGCCUACCGCUCGUGAGACACAGCUUUUUUUUGUCGUCGAGCACGGUGUUCAUGUUCUCAAUCCACACAGCAUCCACCGGGCCGUCGAACACAAGCCACUUGCGAUCCUGAAAGGAUCAACACACGAAAGAGACGUGAAUUGCGCGCAAGACACUUGUGAGGUUGCCUUUUACCUCGCUCUGGUAUCGUGCGAAGUUUCUGUAGAUAGAGUACGGCGAGGAUGCCGUCGCUCCACUCGUGAGAGACCUCAUCGAAGCACCCGUAGAGCUGCCCCACCUUGAUGGACUUGGGAUUCAGCGUUGUCAUGUGCACUUUGUGCUCGUCCAUCAAGCCCUUCUCCGCGAGGUCCGUGAGGGCCCCAGCCAGCAUCCGCAGCGAGGACGUC